UUGAAGAAGUGGUUGCCUCUUGAAGUGUUAUGCUUCAAUGACCAAACAUAUCAUGCAAUUAAAUCUCAUUUAGAGUGUAUCGAUCAGCAUGAACGUGACAGAUUAAAGUUGUCGACAACUACAAACUGGUUGCUAUAAGUCACUUGAAUAGUUUCUUUUUAUUUGCAAAGUCGCAGUCUUCUCUCUUCAUACCACUGGGACGCAGUUUACGUGGAAGUGCCUGCAGCAUUUACCAGAUGUCUGGCUGCUUAAAAAACUUCAGAAAACUCAGCUCAUUCGAAAUGAUGCUCAUUGAGUGCUUCCUCCUUCUGCUGGCUCUUUGUGUUGGGUUACUAAUCUUCAGCUGGCUUGCAAUCAGGCAACCCAAGGCCCUCGAUAUCCACAAUGUGACCAACCAGUCUUCCCAAGUCUCAAGUGGGUCCUUUAAAAUUACCCAAGGAGCCUCAUACACGACAACGUUACAGAACAAAUCCUCACUACAAUUCAAGGCACUUGCCUUUGAAGUCGAACACCUGGUUCAGAAAAUAUUCAUGCAGAGCGAACUUCGUGACCAAUACAAAAACUGUGAAGUUUUACAAUUCAAAAACGGGACCGUGAUUGUACUGUUCAAUCUUUAUUUCUUCACCACUGUGCCAAACAUCAAGGUGAAGACUGAAAUGCUGACCGCCAUCGAAACUAAUCAAGGAUCAUAUCUGGGAAAGUUCCGAAUUGACACAAACAGCAUUCAGAUUACAGACUUCCCAGCACCAGGGGAAUCGACAACUCAACAGCCACCAAGUAAGCCAACACCCACAAAAGAAAACGGACAGCAAAGCAGCCAGCAAGUAAGCCAAGUGUCAACGCCAGGACAUUGCCUUCCAGGAAACAGAAUAUGUGCUGAUGGUAUAACCUGCAUCGACAAGGCCUUGUUCUGCAAUGGAAAAACAGAUUGCCCUGACAGCUCAGAUGAAGACGAACAACAUUGUGCUACACCCUGUGAUGGAAAGUUUCUGCUGACUGGUACAUCUGGUUCCUUUCAUUCAAUUAAUUUUCCCAAGCCAUACAACCCUAACACUGUCUGCCAAUGGAUUAUAAGAGUUGAACCAGGAUUUUACAUUCAAGUGAGUUUCACAGACUUCAAAAUCGAGUUAAGCAUUGACUACCUCGACCUGUACCAAGGAACAGGAUCCAGUAAAGAAUUAAUUGCUUCACUUACAGGUUUCAAUCCUGGAUCCGUCAGAAUUUUUUCAAAUGAGGCUACAGCUGAAUUCUGGACUGAUGAAAUCCAAACUUCCGACAUUGGUUUCAACGCAACCUUUACCGUGUUUAACAUUAAUGUUACCAGCAAUCAGGAGAAAGUGAACUGCAGCUUUGAGAAUGGAUUUUGCUACUGGAGACAAGAUCUAACAGCUGAGGGAGAAUGGGAUAGAAUCAAUGGGCCAACUUACCCACCCUUAACCGGCCCAAAUGAUGACCAUACAUAUGGGAACGAAUCAGGAUAUUACAUCAUGACUCCAUUCCAACCAUUUCACAAGCCAAGAAAGAUCCGCCUCCUCAGCCCUAUGUUAUCUGUUGAGACUGAGUCCUCAUGCCUCACGUUCUGGUACUACAUGUAUGGAAUCCAUGUUUCUCGCUUGCGUGUUUACAUCACCAGCAACAAAAAUGUGUCACGGACAGCUUUCCAAAAAGAGGGAAAUUACGGCAAUCAGUGGAAUUACGGGCAACUGACAAUAAAUGAAACGGACAAAGUCAUGGUUGUCUUUGAGGCUAUUAAGGACAUCAGACAACUCUCUGAAAUCGCUUUGGAUGAUAUAUCACUUACAAAUGGCAUCUGUAAAGACAGUGGAUAUCCAGAGCCAACAGCUGAACCAAAACCCACAACUCCAAUUCCUGGACCAACUGACUGUGGAGGACCUUUGGAACUAACUGAAACAAACACAACCUUCAGCUCAAUGAAUUACCCAAAAAACUACAUGAAUAAUGCUUUUUGCACAUGGUAUUUAAUCGCAGACAAGGGUAAAAAUAUACAACUCCAUUUUGAAGACUUCAACUUGGAAAAUAUUUUUGAUGUGUUGGAAGUCAGAGAUGGGAGAGGAGAAGAUUCUUUACUGAUGGGUGUAUAUACAGGUCACCGUGUCUUGAAUGAUCUCUUCUCCACCAGAAGUGAAAUGACAGUGUUCUUCACCUCGGACAAGAGCGUAACCAGAAGUGGAUUCCAGGCGAAUUUCACAACGGGAUUUCACUUAGACCUGCCAGCUCCAUGUGCUGUCACAGAGCACCAGUGUAAAAAUGGUUUGUGUAUCUCUAAGGAUAAGUUAUGCAAUGGCCAUCGAGAUUGUAAAGAUGGAUCUGAUGAAAAACAUUGUGUGCGCCUAUUGAAUGGAUCUCGUAGCAGCGAUGGGUUGGUGCAGUUCAAUUUAAAGACUGAAUGGCACUCAAUAUGUAUAGACAAUUUUUCAGAGAACAUAUCAAAUGCCUUAUGUGUGGAGUUGGGCUUCAGGAACAGCAGCAAAACAUCACCAAUUUCUGCAAAUGGCACUGAAUCCUUUGUAAAACUGGAUAAGAACUCAAAUGGCAGUUACAUAUUUGUACCAAGCACAAAAUGUUACCAGAACAAAGUAGUGUACCUGAAUUGUAACAGGAAACCAUGUGGGAAGAGUCUGGGCGAACCACAGGGACUUGGGAAGAUAGUAGGCGGUAAGGAUGCAGUAGAAGGCACAUGGCCGUGGAUCGUUUCUCUUCAUUUUGGUUUUCGGCAUGUGUGCGGAGCCACAUUAAUCAGCGAACAGUGGAUCGUUUCAGCAGCUCACUGCGUUUAUGGGAGAAACCUUGAACUCUCAAACUGGAAGGCAAUACUGGGCCUACACACUCAGUUCAAUCUUACCACCCCCCACACACAGAUUCGAGGGAUUGAUCGAAUCUUGAUGAAUCCUCAUUACAACAAGCGGAAAAAGGACAGUGAUAUUGCCUUGAUGCAUUUGAUUUCAGCAGUGACUUACACGGGGUUUGUUCAGCCUGUAUGCCUCCCAGACAGGAACCAGCACUUCUUAACAGGAAUGAGAUGUUAUAUUGCUGGUUGGGGUGCCCUAUCAGAAAAUGGGCCACCUCCAAAUGUUCUGCAGGAUGCAGUGGUCCCGCUCAUAUCCAAUCAAGAAUGUCAAGAUCAGUUGCCGCAGUAUAACAUUACGGGUAGCAUGGUUUGUGCUGGCUAUGAAAAAGGAGGUGUGGACACAUGCAAGGGAGAUUCAGGAGGUCCUCUCGUCUGUAAACAAGACAGCCAGUGGUGCCUGGCUGGAAUCACCUCCUUUGGACAUGGAUGUGGGCUCCCUCGCAGUGCAGGGGUUUAUGUACGCGUUACAAAAUUUGUGGAAUGGAUGCAAGAGAUUAUUAAUUUUUACACUAAUUAACCUGACCGAAAGUUUGUUUUAAUAUUCAAAGAGUUUUGUUUUCUAUGGUAGCAUUUUGUUGAAUGUGUUCACAUGUAAUUCUCCAUGUGCUUCAUAGCCACAGCUCUUGAGCAUUUUGUUCGAUAUCGUUAAAGCAGUACACAAGAAUCAUCCAUGCCCCAUAAUUGCGAGACAAUGACCAUCUCCAAUAAGACCGAAGCUAACCACUAUCCCCCUUCACAUUCAAUGGUAUUGCCUUUGCUGAAUCCACACAAUCAAUAUUCUGGGGAUUUACUAUUGACCUGAAACUUAAUUGGGCCAAUCAAAUGACUACUGCGGCGACAAGAGCAUGUCACAAGCUGGAAAUACUGCAGCAAGUAACUAAACCUCCUGACUCCUCAAAGUUUGUCCACCAUCUUCAAGGCACAAGUGAGGGCGGUGAUGGGAUACUCCCCAUCAAGUGGGAAUACUCCCCACUUGCCUGCAUGAGUAUAGAUCCACCAAGACACAAGAAACUCAACAACAGUUGUCAAAAUAAGUUGCUUGAUUGGUGUCCCAUUUACCACGAUCAUCCUUUACUCCUUUCACACCACCAGUGCACACAGUGUUAACUAUCUGUUCCAUCUACAAGGUACAGGGCAACUGGUUACUCAGCCUCUUUCAACAGCACCUUUCAAACCUGCAACCUCUACCACACAGAAGAACUGGGGCAGCUGAUGUUUAGAAACACCAUCAGCUGGAAGUUUCCUCUGAGUCACCCACUGCCCUGAUUUUUUUUUGUCACAGGAUCAAUGUCCCUAAACUCUCUCUCCAAUGGCAUUGUGAGUGUUCCCACACCACAUGGACUACAGUGACUCAGCACUUCUUUCUCAAGGACAAUUAGGAAUGAGAAAUAACUACUGAUGUUCACAAACAGUAAACAAAAAAUAGCACAGAAAUUAUAUGUGAAUUUGCUGAAUUACUGCAUUACCAGUAGAAAACCAAACCUCUCAGUGCUGGAUAUGCAACAGUUAUUUCUAAAGAUCUGUUGAAUGGAAACUCUGCUAAAAUUGAUUGUUGUUGAAUUAUUCCGUUUUAUACUUAAUGGCACAUUAAAGAAUCGUAUUCAAACUGUUGCUUGCUGAAAAAUUUUCAAAGGAAAAGAUCUGUGCAGUUCAAUCAAAAUGCAAUACUGCUGACAUGUGAUGCCUCCUUCCAUAUUUUCUUCUUGACUUUUUAAAGCCGGCAUUCACUUGGUCCCAGUUCUUUCUGUAAUCACAACGAGAAAAACAUUGGUAAUGGUUUUUUAUCCAAUCUUCACACUUUUGCUUCAAGAGUCGUGCAAGGACCUAUCCUUAACCACUUGUCCUUUCCUCCAUCCAGAUACUGCCAUUUAGCAGUAUCAUCCAAAGAGCUGAGGUCACUCAGCACCCUCUCUUCACUGCCGUCUCAGUCCUCCACUGCCUCUGUAUUGUUGCACUGCUUGUCUGACACCUGGAUCUGUAAGGAAGCAUUGUCAAAAGCGGAGCUAUUCUAGCAUCAAUUCCACAUCUUUGCCAAGGCAUCCAGCCUUCCUCACCAGCCACUGCCUCAAGCUCAAACAGAUUGUCUGUUACCUUGAGUUCACUUGAAGUUCAUGACCACAUUCUUCCGUAUUUCUCAUCUGUGGCUCAACUUCGCUCUAUCUGCCAGUAAAUCUUCAUCCAGACUCAACCAACCCAAUAUUGCUAUUACUAGUGUUCAGUCUUCCACCUCCCUGCACUGCAUCUUGCUAAUCCACACUGGUUCCCAGUUUGACAAAUUCUCUUCCUUGUAUUUAGAUCUCUUUUGGAGCUACAUGUUCUCUUUCUUUGUAACAUUCCUGUUGUACAAUCUUUUGCGCUAGGAUCUACAGUUGUCUGACUCUGGACUGUUGAACAUUCUUCUCAUCCUUUAAUCCAUCUUCUGCAGUCAGGUCUUCAACCACCUCAGCCACAUGCUCCAUCUGGUAAUUUGUCCCUUGUUCUCAUUAGAAAACAAUGGGAUUUUUUUCUGACCAGGACUAUGGAAGCCUUACCUCAUUGGUUCUGCAUCUAUUUAUUAAAUUUCUGUGGCUCAUGUUUUUCAUUCUAUUAAAAU